UAAACCGGGCACCUCAUACCUUGCCCCGGGAUGGGGCCCCCGGACCGUUGGGGUCCAAAUCGGAAUUGCACCGUCGCAAUUUAUUGAAUCAAUGUCGGCUGGAGCCCUGCGCCUUUCUGGAUAAAACCACCAUGUCCCGUCCGUCGCAAAUCUUACCUGUUUCUUACCACCCGCCGCCCCCAUCAUUCGCUUCCGCCUUCUAGCUUCCCUGCUCGCUCCCCCAUUCGUCAUGAAGUUCUCGCAGGCGCUUGUGGCCCUCGCCGCGCUCUCCGCCGGCGUGAUUGCCCAGGAUGAUUCUUAUGACUACAUCAUCGUCGGUGGCGGUACUGCUGGCACCGCCCUUGCCACGCGCCUGAGUCUGGGCCUUCCCAAGUCCAAGAUCCUGCUCAUCGAGGCCGGUCCCGCCGCUGCGGAUGACCUGAGGAUCAACGUCCCCGGUCUCCGUGGGUCCAUCUUGGGUUCCAGCCUCGACUGGAACUUCACUACGGUGCCACAGUCAUCUCUCGAUGGCCGAUCUAUCGAUGUCAACCGCGGCAAGGUGCUGGGCGGCUCGUCCGCCAUGAACUACCUAUGCUACGACCGUGCGUCGGCCCCCGAGUACGAGGCUUGGGGCGAGCUCGGCAACCCGGGCUGGGGUUGGAACACGAUGAUCAACGCCAUGACCAAGUCGGAGAACUUCACCGGCACAGACAACGACAGGCAUGGCUACACGGGGCCCAUUCGGAACUACUACAACCGCGUCAUCUAUCCCGUCCUACAAUUUUGGCAGCCCGCUAUGAGCAAGCUGGGCGUCAAUGUCAAUGACAACAACAAUAUGGGCGGCGAGCCGAUCGGUGUGAUGUUCCAGCCCACCAACAUCGACACGACAAAGCACACCCGCUCCUACUCCGCCAGUAGUUACCUGCCCUUGGCUGGCAGCAACCUGGUGGUCAAGACCAGCACUCGGGUAGCCAAGGUCAACAUGGUCAAGUGCAGGGGCUCGGUGUACCGGGCGACAGGUGUGACUCUGCCUGGCGGCCAGAUCAUCAGGGCUAAGAAGGAGGUCAUCGUGUCCGCCGGCUCCGUUCAGAGCCCCGGCCUCCUCGAGCUUUCGGGUGUUGGCCAGCCCGCGGUGCUCGAGGCUGCCGGUGUCACCCCGCUCGUCGACCUCGCGGGCGUCGGCGAGAACUACCAGGACCACAUCCGCAUGUCCAACACGUACCAGCUCAAGGACGGCAUCGACUCGUUUGACAACCUCAUCUUUGACAACGCCGGCGCCAACGCCACGGGAGAGAUGCAGAAGUGGCUAAACGGCGAGCGGUCGCUGUACGAGUAUACGACCGCGGCCUAUAGCUUCGUAAACUGGGAGCAGCUCAGCUUGGGCACCCAGAUGAAGAGCCUCGCCCACAGCAUCUUCGGGUCCAGCGCCAACGUCAUCGACGACAAGAAGCUCCAGUUCCUCGACAACGCCAGGGUGCCGUCGGUUGAGUACAUCUACGAGGCGAACUUUGUCGGCGCCUUGGGCUACACGGGCGGCAAGUUCAUCACCCUCAUCUCGACCGUCAUGCACCCCUUCUCGCGCGGCAGCGUUCAUAUUGAUAGCAAACACCCCCACGGCAAGCCCGUCAUUGACCCCAACUUCAUGAACAACGAGUACGACCACAAGGCGCUCGUCGAGGCCGCCAAGUUCGCGCGCCAGAUCGCCAACACCGAGCCCAUCAAGUCGGUCUGGAAGGCCGAGACGGAGCCUGGCGAGACCGUCCAGACCGACGAACAGUGGCUUGCUUACGCCAAGAAGACCAUGGGCAGCUUCUACCACCCUGUCGGGACCUGCGCCAUGCUGCCCCGCGACGACGGCGGUGUCGUCGACGCCGAGCUCCGCGUCUACGGCACGACCAACUUGCGCGUCGUCGACAACAGCAUCAUCCCUAUCAUCCCUUCCGCCCAUAUCCAGACCGCGGCGUACGGCAUUGCCGAGGUCGCCGCGGCCAAGAUUAUCUCUAAUGCAUGAAUGAUAGCGGAAAUGAGUGCUCGAGGAGCAGUGUGCGCAAGUAGACCUUUCGAUUACGGGCUUCAAGUUGAGCUCUUCUACCAGCCAUGUUGUCAGGCUCCCGCAUCAGAGCCCAGCGUUAGACUUUAAUGUUAGACAGCCUUGCGACGAUGCUCACCCAUCUCCU